AUGGCGUUUUCCGCCGUAGCUGGCAACGCUAUGUACAGCCUAUCAAGCCUUUCUGGUCCGCUUGGCUUUCCGUAGCUCUUAGACUCGGCGCGCAGCGCAGCGGGUAAUGGUGGGAGUUUUGUACCUCCUCAGGGACAGUGUUGUCUGUGCUGUGUAGUUCUUCAAACCAUGGCUCUUAACUACCAGACAUCGACCCUUUCAAUGACUUUGCCGAUUUCGUGCCAGAUAUGUCUCGGAAAAGUCAGGCAGCCGGUCAUUUGUGCAAACCACCACGUGUUCUGUUCAUCCUGCAUGGAAAUGUGGUUAAGAAAAGCCAGCCAGUGUCCUACCUGCAGAGUGGCCAUCACAGCAGAGAACCCCUGUAGAGAAAUCAUCGGAGGUACCAAUGACAGUGAUCACAGUGAAAGCCCUUCUGUGAGGAAGUGCCUCAGAAAAACUAGAGGAGAACUGCUUUUACGGGAGUAUGAGGAAGAAAUUGAAGGGCUUGUCAAAGAAAACGAAGAGUUGAAAGCAAAAAAUCAAAGUCUGGAGGCACAGCUGAAGACUGCUUUGGACCCAUGCAGCAUCAAUACAGAGCAAACAGGUGACAAAAGAGUUGACCCCUAUGUCCUGGAGGAAUGGACAAACAAGCUGCGAGCUGCCACAGACGUUUGCGAUAAAGUACAGCAGGACAUGAAUAAGCUAAAGGAGGCAAAUAAGGCACUACGAUCUCAAAACGUCGACCUUGUUCAAGAGAAUAUGAGACUGAAAGCAGAGGUGGUGAGCAGAUCUCCUCAGAAGUUUGGUCGUAUUACAGUGGCAGCGCAGGAGGCUAAAAUCCAGCAGUAUGAGCGCAAUGUGGACCACUUGAAGAGAGCUCUGGAGCGCAGCGACCAGUACAUUGAAGAGCUGGAGGCUCGGGUGAGAAAGUCUGAGAAGAGACAUCUUGAAGCACAGGAAGCAUGCAAGAGUAGCAAGGCUGGGACAGAAGCUCUCACACAGCAACACAAAAUCAACAUGAUGAUGAGAAGCUUGAGCGACAAUGAGAGGGAGUCGAUCUGCAGCAAUCCAGAGGCAGAGUGUCGAACAUUCUCUAGAAACCACAGUUUGAUGUUCAUGCCAUCUGCAGAUCACAAAGAGUUUGAUAAGAAUCUGACUGUAGAUCAGAAAAAUGAGAACUUGGAAAGCACCUCUGACUUUUUGCCCACCACUCCGUCCUCUGCUUUCCGUUCCUUGACUCUGAGAAGCCCCGGCAUCCGUGAGAAGAAAGUUGCUUUUAAACCUGCUUCUUAUCUGAGGAGGCUUGAUUUUGAAGAUUUUCCUACUCUUGGCAAGAAUAACAGCACCAUGGAGAACCAGUUCAGCAGCCUUGACAAAUUCCACAAAGGCUUGCCGACAAAUACUGACACGGAACCCUCAAAGUCUGUCUUCUGGGGUGGCUGGCAGAGAUCUAACUCCAAUGAGCAGUCAUGUCCAGGUCCAAGUAAAGAAAGCUCAGUCAAAGAAUCCACAUCCACUGAUCUUGUAGGCGAUGAGGCUGACAGUUUCCAGAUGUCCAGUGAGGCCUCCAUGGAUGCAGCUUACCUGGACAAAAUCUCAGAGCUGGACUCCAUGAUGCUGGAUGGAGAGAGCUCCAGUAGCCGGGGAUCACAGCUCUCCCUGGCCUCCUCCCCUCUCACAGACUUGGACAACACUCUUGUCCCUGAACCACAAACCUGUCCCGAUUUCCUGUCAAGCCAUGGCGGAAAACCUCUGAUACAACAUGACCAGAAGAACCAACAACCUUGUGACGACACAGAUGGCACCUUGGAUGACAAAGUGGCCCCAAAAGUCUCUGCAGGGGAAAGUUUUGCUGCGCUGGUGUCACCUGGGAAGACCGGUGCCCAUGUUUCUGGCCAUGCAGGGGGUGGAGGGCUCUCUCAGACUGAAGAACUGUCUUUUGAUUUACUGUUUGAUACGCUGGAAGAGAAUAAGGCUGGUCCCUCUGGCUCUCUCAGUCCAGCAAGCACAGACCAUGAUCAUGUAAACCCCUCCUGCUCCUCCUCCUCCAGCUGCACUGGUAAACCUGUGAACACAACAAGAGACAGACACACACUCAAUAUCAGCCAGCCAACAAAGAGAAAGUCUCACAGCCCCUUCAACACAAGCAGUCCCACAAAACUUUCAAAGCUCAUGUGAAGGUUUUACAAACAUGAACCUGUGUGUUCUCACUGGGCCAUACACUAUAGUGUGCUUUAGUCAGGUAUCAUUCAAACAUUAACUUCAUGUUGCUUCAUAAUAAAUUUGUGAAUGUGAUGCUCAGGUGUAACUUAUUGUCUGUUAUUGCCUUUUUGUCCUUUAUGAUUCUGUGUAAAUUAAGACAAAACAUGACAGGUGUGUCAGAUACUUUUUGUGUAGUCUGUGGCAGUUAAAUAGCUUUUAAGGCCAGUCGUGACAGUCUGAAAAUGUGUCUGUUGUAAUCAGAUACUGUUUCUGUGCUGUUCUUUGUUUACACUGUAGUCAGUCACUUGGUGCUGAGAUAAAAAAUACAUUCAGCCCAGUAUGUGUCGGUCAUCUCGCCAUUAGUUGAACAUGGUAAACUUUUUCUGAUAACAUGCAAUACUGAAGACAGAUAAACAUGAUUUAUCAUGAAAGACUGAUAUUUUUGAAUCAAAUACUGUGAUGUAAGACUGUGUUAGGAAAUAAAAUAGUAAUGCAAUAAGAAUGUAUGAAUUCA